AUGGUACUACAACCAUGGACGACGUCCUCAUGUGAACCGGUACCGAUACAUCAAGCCUAUUUCCUGGAAUAUGUGGUGGCUCAUCUUAAACAAGAAGAAGUGUACUUGAAGGUUAGAGAGCUGGCAGGCGGUUCGCCACCAGGAUCGAAAGCUUUCCUGUCCAAGUAUCAGACUGGUUUGAAGUACAUUGUUGAGGGGUUGCCUCCAACGGAGAAGAGAGUAUAUGAGGCAAUGGCCAAAGAGUGGAGUGAAGAGGCCCCGCCGGCGGAUGUCCAGAGAAAUGACGAGUUUGGUGUCCCCGACAGCGCCCAAAAAUUUGAGGUGAUGUUCAAGGAACAGGUGCUCGAGAUAUCAAAGGCAUGGAUCACUUACUGUAAACAUAUCAAAGACUUGAUGGCGAAUGUCCCUGCUGAGAACGGAACGGUCAUCCAGGACUGCGGCAAAAAGAAAAUAUGUUUGCAGCUGGAAGGAGAUUUGCCUAUUCUCCCUCCUCCACCAGUGGGUGGUCACGAACACGCUGAAACACUACAGGCUAUGAUUAGGGAAUUUAUCACCAUCCACUACCAGCUUGCCUGUGGCAAAAAGACUCCGACCCCUUGGACUUCUCUUGCCACUCAUCAGUUGAUCUUGUGGGACACACAGAUGUGGCCUGCUCGUGUGAUGGUCCGGGAUCCAAGUAAAAUUGUUCUCAACGACUGCCGAAAAAUUGUACAGUUAUGGAGAGAAAGACAGUCUGAAGGUGGGGCCAAAGAUACAUUCAAGUUCAAAUUUUAUCCAGUGGGGGAUGGAAUACAACCUGCCAUUUAUAAUACCCAGUUCGAGACUUUGCCAACUUCCGCGGUGAUUGACACCCCGACGGUCCCUCCAGCACUUCCCAGUCCCACACCAUCGGAGGGGGCAUCGACACCCACGGCACGGGAAUGCCCGACGGCCUCUCAACCAGUUUCCUAUCCCAUGCCGUCAGAGGAAUCCACCCCCGCGGCGAGCAGACGUCCUCCGACGGUGGACAUGCCAAGUUCCCACACUUCACUGCCAGAUACAUUUUUUCAAGGAAGAAUUACCCCCAUGGGGCCUCCUGUCCCAUCCAUUCCAACCCCAGCCAUUACCCCAGAGCCACAGACAGCUCCGUCGGAUAGGGCCUUCACGCCCGCGGCAGAAGAAUCUCCAACAAUGCAAACUACACCGACACAGGUUCUGCCAUCCAUUCCCACCCCAGGCAUUACCCCUGAGCCUCGGUCUGCUCCGACAAACACCCUAGUUAGUGGUCCCCAAGUGUUGACCGCCCAGGCAAUAGGGAGAAACCGUGGGGGUGACAAAGAGGUGGAAUCUGACCCCACCACCAAUAAAAGAACUAUGACCCAUGAACCCGAGAGCGAUCCCUCUACAGAUGAGGAUGGUGGAAGACGUCGGAUACAGGCUCGCUUGCAAAAAGCUUUGGAAGCCCAAUCGCCUGAGAGAGGGCCAGAGGACAACCAUGAGGAUCUGCCGCCAAGAGUUGGAAGAAAGAAAACAAAAAGUAUCUCUGGCAAGAAGAAAACGAAAACUAGGAAAACAUCCAGUUUACCGAAUCAAGACAACCACUCAACCAACAACGAUGACAACCCGGCAGAAGAGCACCAACUGCCCUGCCGGAAGAAAAAGCCAACCCGACCAAUCAGCCCACACUUGCCGUCGGAUAGCACUCCCAUCGGUGGGGUAGCGCCGCGGGGAAGAAAAGCCAAAAAGACACCAGCGACACAGGAAGACUUUAGUCCCUCACCCUCUGGAAGUGAUGAAGAUGCACCAGAAGAACCAAGAUAUAGGAAACGAGGGGGCAACGCCCGGUGGUCAAAAGAACGGCUAAUAUCAAUCCAACACCUACAGUUCCUCCUGCUGUAA